AUGAUGAUGAUGGCCAUGCUUAUGCUUGCCAAAAUGAAGAUUAUAGGUGUGAUAGGAAUGAUGGCAAUGAAAGGAAUGAUAAUGGGAGCUAUGUCACUGAUGAUAUCCACAGUGAUGUUGAUGAUGAAGUUUUUGAAAGGUGGAGGUGGUGGUCCGUGGAAAAGUGGCGGUAGUGAUGGAGGAGGAGGAGGAGGAGGAGGAGGAGGAAGCGGAGGUGGAAAUCAUGGUGGAGGAGGUUACAAGGAAGUGAUUUUAUUCACAAAGCUACCAAGUGGAGGUGGAGGAGGAAAUGGAGGCUAUGGAGGGGGUGGUAGUAAUUGUGGUGGCGGAGGUUGUGGUGGUGGAAAUGGUGGUGGUUGUGGUGGAGGAGGUUGUAAUGGUUAUGGUGGAGGGAGUAAAGGAGGAGGCGGUGGAGGUGGUGGGGGCGGCAAUGGAGGUGGUGGAGGCGGCUAUGGAGGUGGUGGUUAUGGUGGAGGAGGUGAUAGUUAUGUAGUUCCACUAUUGUCAAGUUACGGUGUACCUAGUGGUGGAGAUGCUGGUUACGGAGGUGGCUGGGGUCGUAGUUUUAGCUCUGCAAUCAUAUUACCACAUCUUGAAUCAAGUCGUAAUAAAAAAUUGAAGAAGCAGUCUAAUCCUUCUCUUAUGAUCGGAGAGUCCAUUGACCAUGUAGAGAGUUUGGAUUACGAAGAUUAUCAAGACUUGAAUGCUACGUUUGAGCGUAAUGUACUUCUUACUCUUCCAUGGGUAUCGAGACUAAAAGAAACGAGAAGAAGAAGAAGGUUUUGUUUCCUCUAUGGCUCUCCAUUGACUCUCGUCAAACAGCAAACACAUGUAAAGAAACCUACGAAGCGAACAGAGGUGAGUAAAGAAGUAAGCAGAGGCCGAUACUCGGAGGCUACCUACAUACCUAGCAACCUAACCGAUAGUAGGUUAAUGGAAUUCAUCUGA